GCGUAAAUUGGCAGACUUAGUGGAUUGUCAGAAGAAAGAGCUGGAGGAAACCAAGGUGUCGCUGGAAGAAGCUAAGAAUGAGGUUAUUUCUCUUCAGAAGAAAUUUUUGAAUUUGGAGGAUUUGGUUGCGGAAACUUGAAGAGAUGUUGAGAUGACGCAUAAGGAUCUUGAGACGCCGAGGGUUGAUUCAGAUACUAUGAAAGAAAAAGUUGAAACUCUCAAGUCUAAGCUUCACGUUGCGAAAGAGGAACUUGUUCAUGCUAAGGAGGGUCAAGAACUUGCAUCAUCUAAGGGCGAUAGAUUGAAGGAAGAACUGGAUAAGUUAUGUCAGGAAAAAACUACGCUCCGAAGUGAGUUGAAGUUAGCUACUGAAGCAGAAGAGAAAAGCAGGACGACAAUGGAUGAACUUGCAUUAGUUGUGAUUGAAGUUUCAAAAGAAAACAAUGAAAAUAAGGAGAAGCUCAGCUCUUCCCAAUCCGAUCUUAAAAAUGCAAGAGAAGAAGUCGAAGGAUUAAAGAAAGCGUUGAAGAACACUAAGGAUAUGUUUCAAGGGAUGUUGGAUGAAGUCAAGAAAGAAAGAGACGGGCUUAAAGAUGAAGCUGAAAGGCUGAAAAUUGAAGCUGACGAAUCGAUAUCGUCUUCCAAUGAAAGAGAACUUGGGUUUGUCAAUUGCAUCAAGAGGGCUGAAGAGGAGAGUAAUGCUUUAAAAAGAGGGAAAAAUAAACUGGCAGAAUCAACGAAAUCCGCGGAAAGUAUAGCACUGAAAACAAGGGAUGAGAAUUGCAAGCUGAGGGACAUACUAAAACAAGCCAUAAAUGAGUCGACAGUUGCAAAGGAAGGUGCAGAGAUUGCUCGAGCUGAAAACACCAAUUUGAAAGACGAACUAUUGGAGAAAGAUUAUAUAUUGCAGAGUCUUUCUAGAGAAAACGAGGCCCUUAGAAUCAAGGAAUCUGCAACACAUGAGAAUAUCAAGGAGUUGAAGAGGUUGUUAAACUCUUCUGCAUCAUCGACAAUGGGAACGAAGACGAUGGAGGAGAAACAAUAUUUUGGAGAAAUACUGAAAGAAGUACAAAACUCAAACUCUAUUCUCAAGGAACAUUCAUAUUCUAAGAAACUAACUGAAGUUCUUUCUGUGAAACUAGAGGAAAUGAAAGUCCCUCAUAGCAACUACCACAAGUCCAUGUAUGUAGAAGAGGACCCUGAAAAGGAGGAAAUGCUCAAAGGUUCGAUAUUUGACGUGGCGGAUUCACCAGUUGCACCACCAAACCAUAACAACCACCAUAAAACGCCUCCUCUGAAAACACCACCUUCGAAUUUUGCGGAUGACGGAAAAAUGUUAACUCUGGAAGAUUUAGAGAAUCUAAAUGGGAGUCAACUCGAUGAUAUGAUUGGGAACGGGAGCUCGCAAAGAAAGAAGAAGGCGUUGUUACGGCGAUUUGGUGAUCUUAUUAGGAAAACCAGCUUCCACAGGAGGGAACCAUCCAUUGGUUAA